CAGCGUUACGUUUGUGUUUUACUGUGAGAAUGGAAGGCCCAUGACGACGGGAGAGCUGAAGCAGUGAGCGGGUCGAGCGAUAGAAAUCCAUUUCCAUCUUCAUAAUAGGAAUAGAAAACAAACAUGAAAUCUUAAAGAGCAUAAUCUACAAUCUCUAAGCUUUCAUUCGGGGUUAAUAUUGUAGCGUUUUAGUUGCUGGUACUUUAGAAAAGUGAUGGUGAAAGCUGACGUCCGACGAAGGGAUCCGAAUUCUUCUCAGGGAUCUGGGAGGGUUGGAGUGGCGUAAAGUUGACAUUUUGGUUUGAUAAAAAAAAGGGAGAUUUGUAGGUGUUUCUUGUUCAAAAGCAAGGUUUUAGUUAGGUGAAGUGUUGUUCUUCUCGGUUUGUGAAAUACAAUUAGGUGUUGGUAGGUAAUUGUCAUUACAGCCAUGGAUCUUCGAGUGGGAAAUAGAUACAGACUGGGCAGAAAAAUUGGAAGUGGAUCAUUCGGUGACAUUUAUUUGGGCACUGACAUUUCAGUAAGGGAGGAAGUGGCCAUCAAGCUAGAAUGUGUGAAGACGAAACAUCCUCAACUUCACAUCGAGAGCAAGAUCUACAAGAUGAUGCAGGGAGGAGUUGGUAUCCCAACCAUAAAAUGGUGUGGUGCAGAGGGGGAUUAUAAUGUGAUGGUAAUGGAGCUGUUAGGACCCAGUCUGGAAGAUCUUUUCAACUUCUGCUCUAGAAAAUUCAGCCUUAAGACUGUUCUUCUGCUUGCUGAUCAGAUGAUCAGCCGCAUAGAGUAUAUCCACUCGAAGAACUUCAUCCACAGAGACGUAAAGCCUGAUAACUUCCUGAUGGGACUGGGGAAGAAAGGCAACCUAGUCUACAUCAUUGACUUCGGUCUAGCCAAGAAAUACAGAGAUGCUCGCACCCACCAACACAUUCCAUACAGAGAAAACAAGAACCUGACUGGCACCGCUCGCUAUGCUUCGAUAAACACUCAUCUGGGCAUAGAGCAGUCUCGGCGUGACGACCUGGAGUCUUUGGGAUACGUGUUGAUGUAUUUCAACCUGGGUUCUCUGCCAUGGCAGGGCCUGAAGGCCGCAACUAAGAGACAAAAAUAUGAGCGUAUCAGUGAGAAGAAAAUGUCUACGCCUAUUGAAGUGCUUUGCAAGGGCUACCCCUCUGAAUUUGCCACUUACCUCAAUUUUUGCCGCUCACUGCGUUUUGAUGAUAAGCCUGACUACUCCUACCUCAGGCAACUUUUCAGGAACCUGUUCCAUAGACAGGGCUUCUCAUACGAUUAUGUAUUUGAUUGGAACAUGCUCAAAUUUGGUGCUAAUCGUGCAGCAGAGGAGGCGGAGCGAGAGAGGAGAGACCGAGAGGAGAGGCUGAGGCACAGCAGGAAUCCUGCUGCAAGUGGCAUCCCAUCAGCUUCUGGGAGACCACGUGCCACCCAAGACGGUGCCCCACCUACACCCCUCACUCCCACCUCACACACAGCAAACACCUCCUCACCACGUCCUGUAACCGGUAUAGAUCGGGAACGGAAGGUGAGCAUGAGGCUUCACCGUGGUGCUCCAGUUAACGUCUCUUCAUCGGAUUUGACAGGACGGCAAGACACCUCACGCAUGUCCACCUCACAGAAUAGCAUUCCCUUCGAUCAUCACGGCAAAUAGCUGCACAUCACAUUCCAGUGUGAAGGUGGCAGCACCAGAUUCCCAGUAAAUUUCUCAGAAGUCCCCACUCUAGACCAUGGAGUGCAGAGGUUGACCCAUGUGGAAGAUUCAUGGCUCUUCUCAUUCAGCGACGAAGCGGGACAGACCAUGUCUCUUUAACUGACAAAACCAAAAUGGUUCGGAAUCAUCUUUGCCCUCUUUAAGGGUCUCUCUUGCUCUUACUUUAUCUUCUGUCUCUAUUCACUUUUUUCACUCUAGUGUAUGUGCACACAAACAGGAUUUUAUCAUGAUGCCUUGUCUAAGUAGACAUUGGGACUGAACUAGAAAAGACUAAAUCAACCAGCUGAACUCCUGUGUCCUUUACACUGGUGUCUCUCUUCAUACCAGUACUUUCUCUGUACAUCUACACUGCUGCGUAACCCAUCAUUUAUGUUUUUUCCUCAUAAGGUUUAUGUAUUUCAGUUUUUUUGGCUUCAUUUGGUAUAUGUAAACUGAUUUUUUUUAUAUAUAUAUAAUUUUUCCCCAUUCUCAUUAUAAGGCUCCAUAUCUAGAAGUGUUGCCAUGCUUUUAUUUUACUCAUUCUGAUUUUUAAUUCUAUUUUGAUAAUUCUAUUUGUAACUGGUGAGUGGUGCAAAAUGGGUUAAUGUUGCAUGCUCAUGUUUGUGUUUUAGUUUAAAGUGCUAAGGGGACAACUUUACCAAUCUUGGACCCUAAACCAUACAUUUAACCAGGGCCUUGUGAAACCUGCCUGUUUCUUUUUGUUUGUUUUAGUUUUUUCCUCCCCAUUUUUAUUUGUCCUGAUAUUUUCCAAGGUCUAUUAUUGCCUCUUACCUUGUUGAAACUCUGUUCUGUUUAAGCUGUGAAAAUUGUAAUAUAUGUGUAAAUGUUUCCAUUUUUCACCUAACAGAGACUAUGAACGAGAUGCAAAUUACAUUAAGAGUUUAGAAACAUUACGGGUUAUUCAUUUUUCUACCCAUCUCCACCUUUUUAAUUCUACACCAAGCCAAUAAAAUGAAGUGCUGGACAUGAGCGGUAUUACCGAUUAAAGCUUGACUGUCUCAGGCUCUGCUAUUGAGUGUUGCACUUCAUGCAACUAAGCCAUCAGUUGGUUAGUGAUUGUUUAAAAUGAACUGACUCCUACAAAGUUUAGUCAGUGAGAUGACUCAUUUCAUAGCAUCCCAGCCGACCAGGUUGAUUUCGGUGUCCUCUCUAACGAAUGCUCCAGCACUGAUUUGGCUCUACGAAUUGACCUAGAUGUUGAUGUAUUAUGUUUGUUGCAGAACGCAUGGUUUUCUAAGCUGCUUUAUCCAUGUCCUGGUGAAGAUCAUAGUGUUGACUGGAGAAAGCUGCACCUAGAAUAACAUGCUCUUUUCCUUGAUGUGUCUGAUACAUGAUUGUGUACUAGUUAUAAUGCACCUAUACUGUUUGAAGAGGGCGUGUGUGAGAUCUAAAGCAGGCGUUGCUUGUUUCCUAAAAGCCUAUUUACAUUUUGGGCUUUACAUUUUGGUCUAGUCAUGGCAAUUUGAGCCCUACUACAGUUUGUAUCACUGUAUUUGUGCACCACAUUUUUGUACAUGUGUAAAUAAAUGAGUUACUUAUUAUUUUAACUGCA